GUAAAAUUUUAUAUGGGUCGUUUUAAAUUCAAAACUUUUUUAUGCUCCACAACAUCAUCAAUGAUUAAAGAGUUUGUUUGACAGUAAGCCAAUGCAACAGCUAAUGAUUGCCAUUUAAUAAAUCGUAUAGCUCUAUUCUAAAAGAAAUAAUUAUUCGACUUUUAAUCAGACAAAAUAAUUCAAACAUAUUAUUAAAAUAUUUUUGUUUAGAAUGAGAUAUUUAGUUUUUUACCACCUUUAAGCAAAAUUUUUCUAUUUCCUCUAAAAAUCAACUAUAUUUUUCUAUAAAAACAAUAUUUAAAUAGAAAUGUUCAAAUAUCUGUAUAAAACAAACAACUUGGGGUAUUUUAUUUUACUUUUCAUAGUAAUAUAGGACACAUUGUAAUCAUAAAACACAUAAAUAUAAAAACAUUAAAAAACUUGAAAUUAAGGUAAAAAUACCUAAAUUAUCUAAUUCCCUAACAAUAUUUUAUCUUAAUUUGUAUUAUACAUAUAACAUAUUUUUAAGAUUUGUCUUUAACAGCCAGCAUUAUAUUUGUUGUUUCUUGUUGCUAUGGGUUAAAAAAACAAUGGUAUCUAUGACCUAUACAAUAAAAAUAUCAACAAUAAUAAAUGUUUUAAUUUACGAACUCAAAUUAUAUUUUUCAUUAUAAGUAUUUUCUUUUUACUUUUAAGUAUAUUGAAUUCGUACAGUAUCUAGACAGAUGAACAACAAUAAAGCUCAUGAACUAUUCAAAUAUUUGUGCCGUAAAAAUAACAAUUCUAAUGAGACAGUUUGUCAAUAUCCAGUGGAGCUGCCUAGUCAAAACAGUAAAAACUUUACUCGUGCUCCUAAACCACAGAAUAAAAAGAAAAUAAUAAAGCCUUUAACUAAUAAUAAAUUAUCGGUUACCAAACGACAACCUAACACGAACAUAUCUCGUAAAACAGUAUUAAGCAAAAAUACAGGCAAUCAAACCACUGUAUCUCGUUUAAAAAAUGUAACGCGUGAUAAUCUAAUAAUUAAAAUACAACAACUGGAAAAUGAAAAUGUUGAAAUACAAAACAAAUAUCAAAAAUUAUUAACUGAAAAUCGAAUAUUAAAAACUAUGGAAAAACGUCAAGAACAUGCUUUAUUAUUUUACGAGGGUACAGAAGCUAAAUUACCUCAAAUUAUGAAAUCAUUAAAUGAUGACAUACAAGUAUACAAAGGAAGAAUAAAGCAAAUGCAAAGUACUUAUAAGGAAUUAGAAAAUAGGUACCGUUCACAGAGUACAGAGCUUUCUAUGAUGACUAAAAAACAUAAUCAUUUGUUAAAUUUAUCUAAAAAUAAAAAUCUAAACGAAAGAGAAAAACUACAAGAUCAAUUGAAAGACGCACAAAAUACAAUUUCACAUCAGGAAAAGAAAAUUGAAAAUUUGAUGAAAAAUUUAGAACUUCAAUGCAAGAGUUAUCAACACCAUAUUAUUUUAGAAAAAAAUAAAAACAAAGAAUUACAAAAAGAAUUAAUAAAAAUGAAAAGUAUGAAUGAUAAUAUAAAUCUGAAAAAUAACAAUUUUCAAAAUAACACAGCUCGACUUUUCUUAAAAAAUCAAACAGUUACACAUUCUAUAUCUCAUUCUCCUUGCGCGGUAAAAACAAUGACAAACAAUGAUCUAACAGAAAAAGAAGAUAAUAAAUCACUAUAUAAAAUAAAUGCAAAAUCAUUAAAUGAGAAUUGUAAUGGAAAUAAUAGAAAUCAUAUGAAUGAUUUGAUUACUCGAACUCAAAAUAAGAAUCCAAUUUUGUUCAAUAAAGAAAAUAUUGAAGACUUGCAUAAUGAUAUAAAAAUUAAAAGUAUGAAUGAUAAUAUAAAUCUGAAAAAUAAGAAUUUUCAAAAUAACUCGACAUUUCUUAAAAAAUGAAAAAUUUUGUUACUUUAUGUUUUACGAAAAUAUUAUUUAUUAUAUCUGCAAAAUAUGAACGGUAUACUAACUUGUAAAAUUAUUAUUUAUGUAAGCUGAUUUAAAAUUGUAAUUUUGUACGAAAUCAUUAAAUUUAUUAUUAUUUAUUCUGUCAUUUAUUGCUCACAAGUGUUAAGAUUAAUAUAAUAUUUUAAAUCAAAUAUGUAGUAAACAUCAAAAUGUAUUCAUGAAGUAAUUGUUGACUGAUAUAUUUAUUUAGUUUAAACUUAAACUAUGUUGUCAUAUCAAAGGUAAUACAUUUGUAUUGAUUGUCAUUA